CUGAAGCUGGUCAAAAUGAACCUUUUCUGCUUUUCCCUGGAGGGUUCUAUGGAUAGCUUAUAUGAACCCAUCCCAAAGCAACAAGCUAACCAAGAAAGCACUUCUGAUAGACCUGAUUCUCCUAUCUCACCUUCUGAGAAGAGUGAACAAGCAUGCAGCAAUCUCUUCAUGGAAGUUUCUAAUUUUGAGAAUUCAAAACCAAGAAAGAGAAAGUCACUCCAGAGAUUUACGUCUGAAAAUAAAAUAUUUGAAGAAAAAGCCAUGAAUGACACAAUCUGUCAGGAACCCAGCAAGCUUGAGAAUGAUUCCCACGUCAGAAGGCCCUGUCAGCUAAAAGAUCUAAAUGAAGACGGCUUUUUUUUGAGUAAUAACAUACAUACUCUUCCAGGAAAAAAACUAGAAGGAGCUUCCUAUCAGAAUAUGACCUCUGAAUGUUGGAGUCCAUCUCACUAUCAAAGAUAUAUUAAGCCUACUACUGAUGAAAUGGGCGUAAAAUCAGGUGGUGACCUGGUGGAAUCAGUGGGGACAUUAAAGCGACUACAGAAACUAGUUUGGACCAAGAAAGGCAGGGUGCCGAGUCUGAAUGAGGUGAAACCUACCCUAAUAAAUCUCCAAGAUGAAGAUGACACGUUGAUUUCCUGUUUGAAAUUAACCAAAUCCCAAGAAAAGAAAGUUAGUAAUAUUAAUACAAGAACGAAAGAAGAAAUGGAGAUUAGACUGGAUUCUUUUUCUACAUCGGUGGGUAGAUCCAGCUCUUCAAAUGGGUGCAACUUGGAUGAUAUGUUAUCCCACUAUGAAGAUGAAGUUCAGAUGUGGCACAGCUGGAAACCUUUUCCAGAAAACCAGCUCUGGACACGUGUUGAUUUCCAAAUUUCUCGUGUUGGACCCUGGAGCAACUGCUCUUCCUGUACUCACUACCCAUAUCUCAAGCCUUCUUACACAGAUAUGGAUCUCCUACAUUCAUGGCGCAGCAGUAGUUUCGGGAAUUUUGAUCGUUUUCGGAAUAAUUCUAUAUCAAAAGCAGAUGAUUCGACUGAGGUACAUGAAGGGGAACCCAUAAAUGAAAAUGGAGAACAAAAUAAAACUUCAAGUAAUGGAGGAGGUUUGGGUAAAAAGAUGAGAGCUAUCUCAUGGACAAUGAAGAAAAAAGUGGGUAAAAAAUACAUCAAAGCCCUUUCUGAGGAAAAGGAUAAGGAAGAUGGGGCAGAUGCCCUCCCACAUCGGAACAGUGACCCUGUGAUCGGGACCCACACAGAGAAGGUCUCCCUCAAAGCCAGUGACUCCAUGGAUAGUCUCUACAGUGGGCAGAGCUCAUCAAGUGGAAUAACAAGCUGUUCAGAUGGUACAAGUAACCGGGACAGCUUUCGACUGGAUGAUGAUGUCCCCUACUCAGGACCAUUCUGUGGCCGUGCUAGAGUGCAUACUGAUUUUACACCAAGUCCCUAUGACACUGACUCCCUCAAAAUCAAGAAAGGAGACAUCAUAGACAUUAUCUGCAAAACACCAAUGGGGAUGUGGACAGGAAUGCUGAACAAUAAGGUGGGAAACUUCAAAUUUAUUUAUGUGGAUGUCAUCUCAGAAGAGGAAGCAGCCCCCAGGAAAAUAAAGGCACACCGAAGAAGUAAAAGGGAAAAACCCAAGACUCUGCAGGAGUUCUUAGAGAGGAUUCGCCUUCAGGAAUAUACCUCAACACUUUUGCUCAAUGGUUAUGAGACCCUAGAAGAUUUAAAGGAUAUAAAAGAAAGUCAUCUCAUUGAAUUAAACAUUGAAAACCCAGAAGACAGGAUGAGGUUACUAUCAGCUGCUGAAAAUCUCCUUGAUGAAGAUACUAUUCAAGAGCAAGAAAAUGAACCUGUGCCCCUAUCCUUCAGCCCAGACAUCUCCUUAAAUAAGUCACAGUUAGAUGACUGCCCGAGGGACUCUGGUUGUUAUAUCUCAUCAGGAAACUCAGAUAAUGGCAAAGAAGAUAUGGAGUCUGAAAAUCUGCCUGACAUGGUACAGAAGAUUGCCAUCGCAGAACCAAGUGACUGA